GCCGCGGCGUCCCCACGGAUACUGAAGCCCAGAUGCUCACCCUCUCCGGCGACAUGGACGACUCUUCGUCGCUGCUGGAUCUGCUGGAGUGCUCGGUGUGCCUGGAGCGCCUGGACACCACGGCCAAGGUGCUGCCGUGCCAGCACACCUUCUGCCGCCGCUGCCUGGAGAACAUUAUCAGCUCUCGUAACGAGCUGCGGUGCCCGGAGUGCCGCAUCUUAGUGGACUGCGGGGUGGACGACCUGCCCGCCAACAUCCUCCUGGUUCGGCUUCUGGACGGAAUCAAGCAGCGGCCUCAGCGAGGGAAUGGAGGAGGAGGAGGAGGAGGCAAGCAGUGCGCGGCCGCCGGCUCGCUGCAGGGGUACGCGGCCGGGCUGUCCGCUUCUCCCCCGGGCCGUGCGGCCCGAGAGGCCACGCCAGAUCCUCCGCGUCACCCCCUGCCGUACCCGAAGCAUUCGCUGCCGCGGCGUCCCCACGGAUACUGA